CUUAAUUAUACAUUGCAAAGAGACUAGCGAGGCGAUAGACAGCGAAAUACCUCAAUAAGCUAGUCGAAGACGUUUGAGGAUUGAAACCGAAUGUGGAAGCCAUUGGAACUUCUACAAGAUCAACAGGGGUAACCGUAGGUUAUAUUCCACUCAAUCGGAACUAUAUUUUCAAUUUUGCACAAGCACUGGCCGCAAUUGUAGUCUUGUUUCUUUGCCGAAUACUAAAAAUCAGCUUCAUACCAGCGACAAUCGGUAGCGCCCGAGGUAGCGCCUCGCAAAGCGGUGCUGUGUAAUAUACACAUAAGAAUUAGCAUGCAGCUUAAAAAAAGAUUCUCACAAGCGGUCAUUACACUUUAUGAACCCAUACUUCUUCUUCCACCAGGGGAUGAAAUAAUGUCGUGGGCGUUCACGUCACAAUUUUCACCGUAACAUUCGCCUUCUCAUGUCUUCAUGUCACUCGUCCUGUGAAUAUUGUCAAUCGCAAAUCAACGCAAUUAUUUAUGCAUUUGGUUUCAAAUUAAGUGAUAGAGAAUAAAUAAUUAACUACAGGGUUUUUCAAGGUAUAACAAUGGAUAUGUAAUUCCUUCAAAAUACCCAAAAAAAAUCUAGAAAAAGAAAGACUUCUAGUAGUAAACUAAUGGUUCAAUCAGCCUACAUAAACCAACUCUCGAAGGCGGUACUACAGUUGUAUAACGGUAAAUGUAGUUAAAAAUAUCCAAUAAUUCCACUUCUGAAUUGUGCGAAUGGAUGUGUUUCUCAAUAUAUAACGAAAUGUUAAAAGUUUGAUUUAUUAAUAAAUAAAAAUUGAUUCGAUAAAGUUUAUUGUCUGAGCAUUGUGAUAAAAUUUAAUUUUUAAUUAAAAAUUCAAAGUGCUAAAAGCUAGUCACAGCUACACUGAAAAAAUUUAAUGGCAUUUACUUAAAAAGCAGCAAUAAUAUGAGCUUGUAGAGCGUGAGUUAAAAAGAUACCUGGUAAGCCUAAACCACGCUGUAAGAAAAAUGUGGAAUGAGCUUGGGACCUGGCAACUGCGACGCAUCAGUUAAGAGCUGUGUUCUUUUAAACAGAAAUUAUUUCGUCAUGAAGGACAUAGCGAAUGACAAAAGACAAAAACCUAAGGAUAUACAAAUUUUACCACGAAUGAGUAUGAAGAAAAUUAGCAAAGCCCGGAACCGAAAUCGACUGCGUAAAUCUCCGCAGCAUUAAGCAAUUCAUAAACUGUAUCUUUUCAAAUAUGAGUCAAAAUUUUAUAUUUAUGCAAAUAUUUCUCAUUGUGCAUCAGCUCUCACCAUCCAUCUCCCGCUAUCUAUGUAUGCUCCCACACCCUUUACAUAAACUUGAAAACUUUUGAUGUUACUGCUAAUUUAUUCUACAAGAGAUUCCAACAGUAACGACGUGCAUUUGCUAUAAAUAGUUUGCAUUCAAAAGUCCCGUUAUGCUUUCAAACUUAAGAAUUCGCCAAAAUUAUGGUCAACGCACCAUCCAGUACAGUCCAGUUGGAAGCAAGCAUUGCAGCGCUUAGCCGAGCAGCAGAGUCGACGGAUAAGCCAGCAGUGCGAACCGUACAAGCAACCAACUAUCUCUUCAAAGGAUUUCGCGUGCUGGGCAUUUACAUGCCUGAACGUCGUAAAUGGCUUUAUUCACUAUACUCACUCAUACCGAAUACUCUGGUCACACUUUGGUUGCCGCUAUCGUUCGUCUUCAGUUAUGCUACCAUGUCCACUGAAGAUCUGGUGCCGAGCAGCUUGCUCACCUCUAUUCAAGUAGCCAUAAACGUGAUUGGUUGUUCGGUAAAAAUAGUGGUCAUGGCUUUUCUGCUGCCAAAAUUGCGCACCGCAAACGUUUAUAUGGAUCGUUUGGAUGCGCGCUGUCGCGUUGAAGAAGAAAUCGCUGAGCUGCGAAAAAUUGUACAACAGGGUAAUCGUUUCGUCGUACUCUUCGCCAUGUCAUACUGGAGUUAUGCGUCGAGCACAUUCCUCGGCUCGGUCAUUUUUGGACGGCCGCCUUAUGCUUUAUACAAUCCCAUUAUUGACUGGCGCAAGUCAAAGCUGGAGUUUAUAACAGCAUCGCUCAUGGAAUUUGCACUCAUGGAUGUCGCCUGCUUUCAACAGGUUGUGGACGACUCUUAUGCCGUAAUUUAUGUAUGCAUACUGCGCACGCAUAUGCGUAUUUUAUUGAUGCGCCUCAAAAGGUUGGCCACCAGGGCCGAAACGAAUUUGGAGGAGAAUUUAGAAGAGUUGAAGCUAUGUAUAAUUGAUCAUAAGAACCUCUUAGGGCUCUACGACGUUGUGGCGCCCAUAAUUUCCGUUACAAUCUUUAUACAAUUCAUGAUCACCGCUAGCAUACUGAGCGCCACGCUCAUCAACAUCUUCAUAUUCGCCGAUCAGCUGUCGGCGCAGAUCGCAUGCUGUUUCUACAUACUGGCGGUCGUUGUUGAGAUAUUUCCGCUAUGCUACUUUGCGCAGUGUCUCAUGGACGACAGCGAACGCUUGUCGCAACAGAUAUUUCACUCCAAUUGGAUUUGUUGCUGCUGUUCAAGCAAGCACGCCAAGCACACAACCAUGAUUGGUGGUGGCCUUAGUUACUGUGGUGGCUAA